AUGUAGAAUUAGGGACAGGCAUAAACUCGUAAUAAAAUUCCAAAAGAUUAAUAUAUGGCUCAUAAUGCAUAAAAUAAAGAGUAAUAAAAGAUAUUUAAUCUGUAAGACUAUUUUGAUUGGGAAAAGCUAAAAAAUAUAUAAAGUUACCUUCAAUAAUUUAUAGACUAAUUGUCUAAGAUCAAAGGUAUUCCAAUUAAUGUAUAACAAUAAUGCAAAGAUUAACUGGAUAAUAUUUCUAAAUUAAUUUAAGAUGCAUAAAAUAAAAUACAUUCUCUAUCUAAAGAAAAUGAAGAUACAUGGUAGACAAAAUUUAAAUAAUAACCCUUUAAUUAAACACCAUAAAAUAAAGGAGAUUCAGAUCCAAGUUAAAUUUAGAUUUCUUCAAUAAUAAUAUAAACAGAAGCAGAAGGCAAGAAUAUUUAAUAGCAAGAUGUAGUGAAUGUAAAGCAUAAUCAAUAAAAUAAACCUUAAGGGUGUAUCAUAGACCUUUUAUAUGCUAAAAAUAAUUAGACAGAUUACCAAUUUAUGUUGUAUUUGCUAAUGGAAUAAAAUCUGAAAAUUAAUAAAUUAUCACUUUAAUGUCUUGGUAAUGUGAACAUUAAACGUUCUGAUUUAACAACCUUGUCUAAUAAAAAUAAAUUUGAUUUGUUGCUGAACUACUAAUUGGAACAGAUUUUUUCAAAUAUUAAGCGAAAAACCAUUAAUAAUGAACUUACAGUCAUUAAUUGUUCAAACUCUUUUUGCAAUUUUAAGUGCUUUGAAAAUGCACAGAUUAAUAAUAUAGACAAAAUCAAGAUUAAGUCUUAUUGUCCUAUUUGCGAAUAAUAGUCAGUUGGGGGGAUUGUAUUAUUAUUGAGCUAAUAAUAAUGA